AUGUCCCAGGCGGAGGUUAGUAACCUGCAGCCUGGAGCAUCAUCCCGGCCUGCUGCGGCAUCGUCCAUUGCAGUGCCGACACACGAUGAUGCUCGACAGAGGUGGAAAAUAGCUGACUUAGAGGAUAAGCUACAAGCGCUUGAGUCGGGACAUGCGGUGAAACGCAGAGAAAUAAACUACUACAUGUCACAAGGACGAGCUUUCAAACGGAUCGUUACACUGUUCAAUAGCAUCGAGCAAUUGAUAUGCGAAAAUGAUAGGAGAUGUGACACUGGGGGCCAGGACGACGAUGUGACUCCCGAGUUGGUAUUUCACCAUCUCCUCCUGAAAGCUACUCACCGGUUUGUUACCAGUCAGAAUCGUUUACAACGCGGUUAUAUAAUCCUUAACAAUGUCCUCCCGUGGUUUCACCAAAAGGCUUCUGACAUGGAGCACCAUGAUUACAGGCAGAUGUUAAAAAAGCUUAGGCAGGGGGCCGACAGUGCUCGAGGAGAUGAUACCUCAAAACUCAAGAGUCUCGUUUCUGAUUGGGUCAACCGUGACUUGAAGCCCGAUCCCCCCGUCGACUCCGAAGAUAAACACCACCGCGGAUUCACCAACGACGCGUGUGGUAGACUACUCUGCCCAACAGAGCUAGACUGGAACAACCCGACUGUCAGAGCAGGAAUUAGGGAUCGCACGGAUGGACAUGUUGUGACGGAAAUGUCCUGGCCAGCGUUCCUUUAUGCAGGAUAUACUGCCGAUGAAAAUAAUCUCGAGGAAGGUCUGUUCAAAAGCAAGCUUUUAAUUCAGGCAUUCAAGGCUAUUUUCACAUCCCCCUCCUCAGCAAAGGAAGUUGUCUGCGAUGGCGACGGUGCCAACGUCAUCGAAAAUAACAGACGCGCGAAGAAGGAUUCUUCUGGCAAGAGAGUCAAAAUGCACGUAGCCCAAAUCAUCAACAUGCACAAAGUCUCACCCCGCUCGAUUGCGUAUGUAUCGUGUCAAUUGCGAUUCGCGCUUUCAUCCGUGACCUCAUGGCGGUCAGUGGACGGCGACUUUGAUUACGCACAGUUCUGGUCCAACAUCGUGGACUUUUUUGAAUGCCCUCCCGGUCGAGUAGCGCGGCGCAACACUGACCGGCUCCUGGCAUGGUGGACAAGAAAAGUCUUCGGAACGAGUCAUCGUGCGGAACUGAGUGAUGCAGCAAAGGCCAAGAUGUCAGUGAAUGCUCUCGCAGAGCAGAGGGCGCGAAUGGAUGAUAUGGAGUUUGAUUCAGAGUAG